CAAAAUUUAUCCAUGGAAAUGGAAAGUAGCAAUAUGAUCCAUCCACUAGAGUAGUAGAGGAGAGCAUUGUACCUUUCAGUUUUUACUCGGAUCCAUGGCUAGCGGCGCUGAAGACGGGUCACUAUCUCUCACCAUCAAGACCUCAAGCGGAAAAGAUUUGCAGUCUCAUUCUCCAUCUCCAUACAACUCUCCCUCUCUUGUGUCCCCACCAUCCUCAGCAUUUGUUUCCGCUUUGCAGUCACCUUACAUUUCGCCAAGAGCCACCACCCCUGAACCCCAAGAAGCCCCAACUCCGUCGCUCACUCUUCGAUCGUCACCUCCGCUUUCGGUUUCAUACAGAAGAGGUUCCCAGUCAGACGACAUUCCCAGCAGUUCAUACACUCCCCCGUCUGACCAAUAUGAAUUCUCUGAUGACCCUGCUGCGGAUCCUAAGUUCAAGUUUGUAACUUGUGUUCCAGUCUCAGAUGCUGCUGCUGCUGCUCCACGCAUCUCUUUCUCAUUUCCAGUGCCUCGGAUUUCCUUUGCCAAAACUCCUGUUUCUCCCGCUUCCAAUGCCAAACUCAGGAGCUGUGAUGUUUUUGUCGGCUUCCAUGGUCAAAAUCCCAACUUGGUUCGCUUCUGCAAGUGGCUUAAAUCGGAGCUGGAGCUUCAGGGGAUUGCUUGCUUUAUUGCAGAUAGAGCCAAGUACUCGGAUAGUCAGAGCCACGAGAUUGCCGACAGAGUUAUCUGCUCAGUCACAUAUGGGGUUGUCGUCGUCACUAAUUCUAGCUUUUCCAACCAUCUCAGCCUGGAGGAGAUGAGAUUCUUUGCUCAAAAGAAAAACCUGAUUCCUCUCUUCUUUGACAUAGGGCCUGCUGAGAUCAACUGCAAUUCAAUUGAUAAGGAACGCAGAGAGGCGAUUGAUGCAUUGAUCAAGUGCAAUGAAUUGAAGCUGGAAGCCAAUGACGGUAAUUGGAAAAGCUGUGUGGCUAAAGCUGCAGGGGUUUUACGCGCAAAGCUUGGGCGUAAGAGUAGUGUGGCUAAGCCUCAGCCUCAACCUCUGGCUCAGAAAGAUGUUAGUGAAGUAUUUGAGGAGCUGCCUUUCCCUAGGAGCAGGUUUUUUGUGGGAAGGGACAAGGAGAUUGCUGAGAUUGAGACUGCCUUUUUUGGAUGUGGUGGCGAUAGUCUUGAGCAGGAUCACUCCAUAUCCAUUAAAGGGGAAGCAAGCGGUCAGUCUGAAGGACUUGCGGAUGAAGAAAGUGAUACCAUUUCUACAAGAGGAGGGAGAUUUAUUAAUUUGGAGUUGGGGAAGAGUAAGCUUGAGCCUAAUAGUCUGGAGUCGUGGGUGGGAAGGAAUUCAUUGAAGAGGUCCAAGUGUAAGAAAUCAAAGAGUGGGAAUUAUAGGAGCUUAGGAGGCGGCACUAGUGUGAUUUGCAUAAAUGGGCUUCCUGGCAUUGGAAAGACAGAGCUAGCUCUUGAAUUUGCCUACAGGUAUGCUCAGAGAUAUAAGAUGGUUUUGUGGGCUGGGGGAGAGGCUCCAUACUUUCGGCAAAACAUUUUGAAUCUUUCACUCAACUUGGGGCUUGAUGUUAGUGCUGAUGAGGAGAAGGAAAGAGGACGGAUUCGAAGCUUUGAAGAGCAAGAAUUUGAAGCAUUCAAGAGAGUCAAGAAAGAGCUGUUUAGGGACAUGCCUUACCUUUUGAUUAUUGAUAACCUUGAGACAGAAAGAGAAUGGUGGGAAGGAAAAGAUCUACAUGACUUGAUUCCUAGGAACACUGGAGGCUCCCAUGUGAUUAUCACCACCAGGCUAUCAAAGGUAAUGAAUUUUGACACAAUGCACCUUCCUCCAUUGCCAUUUUCUGAUGCAAUGAUUUUACUGAGAGGAAGAAGGAAAAAAGAAUAUCCAGCUGAGGAGUUGGACUACUUGAGAAAAUUCGAUGAGAAAUUGGCAAGAUUGAGUUUUGGUCUGUGUCUUGUGGGGUCACUGCUUUCCGAACUUGCCAUUUCUCCAUCUGCACUCUUUCAAGCUGUGAACCAGGUCUCACUUGAAGACAGCUCUCCUUCACCAUACUUGAGCAUCAGCAACGAACAAUACUGCAAAAACAAUCCUUUCCUGAUGAAAGUACUCUCCUUUUGCUUUGUUGUCUUACAGCAAAUUAAUGGGAGAAGAAACAUUCUUGCAUCGAGAAUGCUUCUUGUGGGUGCUUGGUUUGCCCCAGCACCUAUUCCCGUCAAUUUGCUGGCUACCGCAGCAAAAUGUAUGCCUGCUGCUGAGAACAGAUUGGAAAGGUGGACUAAAUGCUUGACUCUUGCCUUUGGUUGUUGUGGAGGAUGUGGCCUAACCCCUCAAGGCGAGGAAGAUUGCGCUCUCCUCCUGGUAAAGUUUGGAUUAGCCAGAAAAGCUAGCAGACAGCCCGGGUGUUGGAUUCAAUUCCACCCAAUUAGUCAAAUAUUUGCAAAGAGGAAAGAAUGCGUCUCAGCUGCCAAAUCAACAGUUCAAGGCAUAAGGAAAAUGGGUAAUCCUUUGGUAAACUCAGAUCAUCUGUGGGCAUCUGCAUUUCUUGUAUUUGGAUUCAAGUCAGAGCCUCCCAUAGUCCAGCUAAAAGCAAUAGACAUGGUUUUAUAUAUUAGGAAGACAGCCCUCCCAUUAGCUAUGAAGGCAUUCACAAGCUUCUCAAGGUGCAACUCUGCAUUGGAGCUUCUAAAAGUGUGCACAAACGUUCUUGAGGAAGUGGAGAAGUCAUUUGUGUCCCAGAUACAAGACUGGUGCCAGGGAUCACUCUGUUGGAAGAAGAGGGUCCAGGGCAGCCAAAGGGUGGAUGAAUACGUAUGGCAGGAUGUGACACUUUUGAAGGCUACCCUGCUGGAGACGAGAGCAAAGCUGUUGCUGAGAGGUGGGCAUUUUGAUAGCGGUGAAGAGCUGUGCAGGACUUGUAUUAGUAUCCGGACAGUGAUGUUGGGGCACAACCAUGCGCAUACCCUUGCUGCACAAGAAACACUGGCAAAGUUAGUGAGGAUGAGGAGUAAGAUCUGAGAUUAGUGAGAUGCUUGGAUGCUGUCAGUUUUGUUCAGAUAAAUAUGUAAGCAUGUUAGCUUUAGAAAUGUAACAUAACUACGGAGAGUGUUAGUUUUUUGUUUAAAUUGGUGUUUCAUGCAUCUAACCAACAACUACGUAUAAAUUGUAGCAUAAAUCUUCUCAUUUCAU